AUGUUCAAUCAGAAGCGAAGAAUUGAUUUCAUCAAGACUUGCUUGGUAGUUGGGCUAUGCUUAUUGGUUUUAAACGGACUAGUAGCUGCAUCAAGAGCUCCAUUCCAUCAUCAGUCAGCGAAAGCACAAACUAGAUUAGAGCGAUUGGCUGAGCUCAAGUUUCCCUGGGCUAUAGCGAUACUAAAGGAGUAUAACGACAAUCACGGCCAAAGUACUAAAUCUAUCGGCCAUGAUUAUUGUGACCGCCUCGGAUUCAUAGACCUUGAUGAGGGCCAGAAUCGAGCAAAUCUUAACUACACAAUUGACUGUUUGAUAUCGUUAUUUAAAGACGAAGAAGCCUUCAAGCUAGGAAAUGCUAUUAUACAACCCGACAUACAGUCUAUGCUGAUUCUAUAUGCUGUUUUAAAUGAACAGCCCAAUGCCACUGGAAUAACUCAGACGGCCAUUGACCAAGAUCGAGAACAAGCAUGCUUUAUUACUAAUCUUGCAACUUGGAUACAUCGCCAUAAACACUGUGCCGAUUUCAUCGACAAUCUUGAGAAUAAGAACUUAAAGAUAAAGGGGGCAAAUAGAGCGGCCACAGAAUCACCAGCAUCCAGCCAAAACGAUCCGGUCUUCUAUUAUCCCAGCCUUAUUCAUUCUAAAGAUAAUUUCUACAUGCUAUGGAAAAGUCCAUUGAUGGGCUACAUCCACCCACUCAACGUUGAUGUGUAUAUGCACAAACUUAAUUACUUGUACGACCAUAGUAAGAAGCUAUUCGUUGUGGUCCCGCACAAUAAUAGAUAUAUGAACAUGUUUGAUUUUUCCAAAUCUGGACAAAAUCUGGUCGCCCGGUUUACUUUGGAAUCCGCAACUCGUUUAAAGCACGCCACAGACAACAAAUAUAGCAUAGUGGCGAGCGAUGAAGACUUUAAUGUUUUUAUGGGAAUAGUUCAUUAUCACCAGCCACCCACUACCAACCCAACCCAGUUCAAACAUAUCAGCAACCUAAACAUCAAAACAUUUGACGAGUACUCAACAGCAAAGAGCCUUGAGCCUAAGAUAAAGAAGUCAAAAGAUAAAUCCAACUCUAAUGCCCCCAAGACCGACCAACCGUGGGAAAGACGCCAAAUCUACGCUAUUGUUUCAAGCGGGAUAGUUAUAGCUAUUGCUGAAUCUAUAGUAAUGUUGCUUAGCUUUAUGUUUAUGCCCUCGACUGCUGCACUUGUCUACAUAUUUCCUUUCAAUAUAAUAGCCCUUGGACUGAUAGGAGCCGUUAUACUAACCUGCUAUAUCAAUUCUUCACCAAGUAAGCCGUUGUCUCUCUGGGAGUGGCUGAGUAUUGGGUUUAUGUUGGGUGUAAUAGUCAUUAGUCUCAUCGCCAUUUUUGGGCUGCAGAUCGACAGUUGGUCUAGUAGCAGCACGUCGACUGUGCUCAAAGUUAUGGUUUUAGUAUACCAAGCCAUGGCCAUACUUGCCGUUAUUGCUUGCUUUGUUGUUCGCUGGCGGUUUAACCAGCACUACUCCAAACUAACUCGGCGAGUCAACUGGGUGCUUUUUGCUCUAGCGAUCGGAUUGGCUGCUAUUGUGCCGUUCCUUUUGCUUCUUGGGCUUACCGAACAGGCUCGCGUUCUUUUAAAAUCUCAUAUUCUAAUUGUCUCGGCUAUUGUCUUUAGUACCGGUAUUCUUAUGCAGGUCUUCGGCCGUUGGUUCGACAAGGAUCGAGAAGAGCAUACUCAAAAAGAGCAUGAUCAAGAAGUGCCAAGAAGACUACUAGAAUUGACGAUUAUUUUCGCAGUUAUGGUUAGCACGCUUGGACUUACAACCUGGGCAGCUAUUAGCUACGAUUUAUUAGCCGGCAACUCCUCAUCGCUAGCCAAUUUGACACGUGAUUUGUUAAAGAUAUUAUUUAGAACAAAUUAG